AUGUCUUCACACAAAGGUACUCCCCAAGUAGUGUUAUCCAUACUCGUACUCGUCAUAACAUGCACCAUCCUUUCAUGGACACUAACGAAUGUUGAAUGUCAGCAAGAUUCAUCAUCACACUCUUCACUGCUCUCUAUGAUUGGUUCUUCUCAAAAAGCAUUUGCAGGAAACAUCUUCAACUCAAUAUUAUCACAACAACAAUCAUCUUCCCAAAUAGAUUCUUCGUCAUCCCUCACAUCCAACAUGGUGCUUUCUCCAUUCUCUCUUUUUAUGGUUCUGUCCAUGCUUGUAACUGGAUCUCGUGGUGACACUCAACAAGAACUUUUACAUGCUCUUUCUUUGAAUCAAUCUCAAUUCAAUUCUCAAAAUCUAGCAAGCUUUCCAGAAGCCAUGAAAGAAAUUAUUUCCAGCUAUUCCCAAACAUCUUCAGAGUUAUCCAUUGCAAAUGGCCUCUUUGUGGAACAAACCUUUGAUAUUUCACAAGACUUUUCCAACACCAUUGUCUCACAAUUUAAAUCUGAAAUUCGUAAAUGUGACUUUGUACAAAAUUACGAAAAUGAACGUCGCUCGAUCAAUUCAUGGAUUUCAGACAAGACUCGCAAUUUACUUAGAGACGUGUUGCAACCUGGCUCAAUUGAAUCCCAAACGAAAUUACUCUUGAUUAAUGCCAUUUAUUUUCUUGGUAAAUGGAAAGUUGCCUUUAAUCCUGAAAUAACCAUCUCUGGAAGAUUUAGAAAGUUAUCAACUACAGGAUCAACAACUGAAGAUUCAGAGAUCUCUGUGCAGUUCAUGACCAAAAGAAGAACUUUAGAAAAAUACGGAGAAAACGAUUUGUACAAAUGGCUCAGACUUCCGUACAGCAAUGAGGAUUUUGAAAUGCUCUUCCUAGUUCCAAAAUCUUCUGUGGAAUUAAGUGUAGAAAAUGAAAAGGAAUUCAUUCGAUGGAUCUCCAACAAGUUGAUCAACAAGGAUCAACCUGAUGGAAGUAACAACAAUGGACAAAAUUUAUCAGAAUUAUUCGAAACUUCUACCACUAAAUUAAGGAUCGUUCAAAUUCCAAAAUUCAAAGCAGAAAUUAACACCUUAGAACUAUCAACCAUCCUCAAAGAAUCUCCAUUCAACAUGGAAACAAGUUUUAACAUGGAUCGAGCUAAUUUUUCAGGCAUUCUCACACAAGAAUCUCUAUUGAACGGUGGACAAUUAUGGGUGGAUAAGAUUUAUCACAAAGCAAUGCUAAAAGUUGAUGAAUCUGGCACUGAAGCAGCAGCCGUGACUGUCGCGAGAAUUAGUUAUCGAAUGGCAAGGCCUACAAGAACAAUGCCAGAAUUUGUGUUGGAUCGACCCUUUUGUUUCAUGCUUUCACAUAUUCCCACUCAAAGCGUUUUAUUUGUUGGAAGAGUCAAUCUUUUAGGAUCUGUCUGA